UAUUUAUAAAAUCCUAACCACGACGCCUUUAAAAAGGUAUCAACAUUAAAUUCUGCCUCAUUCCAACUUUGAUACGGAGGAGUUAACUCGUAAAACUUUCUUGCUCGAGUAAAUACACAAGUACAUAAUUUCCUUCAAGUCUACUACUCUCAAUUAUGCCUUUCGUCAAUUUGGAAUCUUCGGAUGGGGACUUGGUCAAGGUUGAUGUUGACGUGAUUAAAUGCUCUGUAACGAUCAACGCUCUCAUAGAACACUUGGGGCUGGAAGAUGACAACGAAGUCGUCCCCCUGCAAAAUGUUGGUACAGAAACACUGCAUAAGGUCCUUGCAUGGGCCAAACAUCACAAGGAUGAUCUCCCAUCCGUUGAUGAUGACGAGGACGAUCCACCCCGGGAGCGACGCACCGAUAUUACCACGUGGGAUGCCAAUUUCAUAAAGAUGGAACAAAUCCAGCUAUUUGACCUGAUUCUGGCUGCAAACUAUCUCGACAUUAGUGGCUUGUUGGACCUCGGGUGCAAGAUUGUAGCGGACAUGAUCAAAGGAAAGACGGCAGAUGAGAUUCGCACAAUGUUCAACAUCGUGAAUGAUCUGACGCCCCAGGAGCAGGAACAAAUUCGAAAGGAGAACGAAUGGUGUGAGGAAAAGUAGGCAGAUUUUUAAUUUGUAUUAUACAUUUCAUACUAAGCACAUACAAGAAAUUGUACGUUUAUAUGAGUUUGCCUGACGCGUCAUUUGUAGAGAUUGUUUUCCAUAAAUAAUUUUCAAAACAUUUUGCAAAGCAGAUUCGAAGUUUGUGCGAUAAUUUUCGCAAACUUAACUUUUUAUUACAUUGUUAAUAUCUGAUAAAAUUAAAAUGAAAUAUUUGAAAUAAAUUUCCGGAAAUUAUUAAAUAUUUUGAAAA